ACAGAUCAGUGAAAGGUUUGCAGUAGUUCAGUAGUUGGCAGUGUGCAUCGUUAUGCUGAAAAUGUACUUGGCCUACGUUGAACCUCAAAAAUAAUAUAACCCUUGUAACAAAAUAUAAUUGAUUAUUACAUAUUAAUAAUAGAUAAAAUACCACCAUAAUCAUUAAAUGAGGUGGAGGAAUCCCGGGUUUUCAGUUACAUUCCAGGUACACUCAACCUCCCACUAUCCCACAUCAUAGGAACAGAAUCCCAUAUGAUGCAGUUUGUGGAUUUUUGGAGCUGAUGACCUCAUCAAGUCGCAGCCCCUGGUGACAAUAACAAAGAACGAGAAAAACGUACAAGUAAUUUGUAUUGUCUUUUUUAUUUUCAUAUUAUGACUGGGCACAUUAAGAAACGUUACGACGUUGUAAAGGCAUGCCCACUUUCCAAGGUCCUGCGCCGUAAGGUUCCGCGUCAGAAUGGCGGCAGGCCGGGGCUGCGACCUCCCACCAAUUAUGGCCCGUCAAUCAAAAACACGUCGGCUCACCCACACAAAAGUGUUGCGAACUCUGAUAGAAUAUAGUAAUCAACUACAGUAAGACGAGAAUUAAUUAUAACGAGUAGAUAGAUAUAGCAGGCUGGAGUACAGUAUAACUAUUCAAUACAAUGAAUAGCCUAUAAUACGACGCAAUGUUCAUGUGGCCUUGAAUAGGCCUACUCCCUCUGCCACGCUAAUUUAAUCACAAUAAAGGACGAGACCGUCAGCCAUGUAGUCGAACAAUUAGACUUAGGUGGUCUGUAAAUACCGUCUUGGUGUCCGUGUCUCUCGGUGUCACCCCAGAGACAGCAUGUCUGUGGUGGGUUUUCAACUCGUCUGUCUGAGGGCCUGAAGAUAGACGCUCUAAUAUGGCCCAGCCUUAAUGGCUCCCUAUGGGUCUCUGUGGGUGAGCCCUUACACCCACAUAUAUCUAUCACCAAGGGAGAAAAGGUUCACCAUUGGUAUGUAAACUACGUUUGAUUGCUCUAUCCCUGAGACAAAACGUUUGUUUUUACAAGUGGAAUGCAAUGGUGGAAAUUAAAGGCAAUUACACGCUUACAACAAAAGCCUACAAUUUCAGGGUUAUAAAUCGACCGCUCCUCUGUUUGUUCGAGAGGUGCCGAAAACAAACAUUAUUUGCAUAACAGCAGCAUGUGAAAACCCACACUCGCAAUUACUGUUUUAUUAUGCAGAGAGAGUAAAUUAAAAUGUCCAGGUUUGUAAGAUGUUCAAAAUCAGACAAAAAAUCGUACUUGGCUGUAGUCCAGUGGUUUUGAAAUUACACGGAUGUAUAUAUUCGUUUUAGGGACCCUCUUGCAGGUGAGCGUAAUUUCAAAGUGAUACAUUGCGUAAGAUGGGCCCAGGCCCGCGUGAAACGUCCCUUUGGGUUGUCUGCCGCUCUUUAGUAACGGCUGGUAAAAAAAAGGAUGAAAUUAUCUCGGCCAAUUGCGGCGUCAGUGGGAGCUGCGUGAGAGAAAUCAACUGCUGAUUGAUAAAUCUUUUAGUUUUUUGGUACAUGGAAUUACUGUUUCAAAUGGAAAUGAGAAGAGAGUGGGGAUGCACGGACCAAUUGAGACGGAGCUGGCCUGUGAUUGGCUUCGGGAGGUCACGGUUGGACUACGGCCCCGCCCCGUCUCGCUUAAUAUGAGAAUCUAGUGGCGCCAGACGCAUCAGUGUAUCCUUAUACCACAUGUCAUUAAAGCACCGCGCGGAUCAGGAGGUUUACGUCCGACUCGUAUUGGUCUGUCAGCUGAUCGCAGUGGUUAAUCGCAAUUUCAACAGGUAUCCGGAGGAAAAACACACUUUCAUGGACUAUAGCCUCUGAUCGGAAUGCACGUCACAUCGAGGGUAUAGUAAAAUGUGUUGAAAAAGGUGAAGACUGGGGAUUCAACAUCCAUCGUAAAAAAAACAUUAGACCUGCUCGCUCCUCAGCGACCGAGCUCGGGAACUAUCCACGUUUAAUAUCAAACCGCCUUUAAAAAAAAACGUUUUUUGGCUUUUCUUACGUGGAGGUGUAUAACGCUCGCCAGCCGACACACAUCUGAAGCAGAGAAGAGAUAAGCGCAGAGACCGCAGAGUUCACCAUGGAAGUCGCAGCGGCCGACCAGUCUCGGUGGAUGGCGCACCAUCACGCCGUCCUGAAUGGCCAGCACCCGGACGCUCAUCACCACAGCCUGGGUCACAACUACAUGGAGCCCAUGGCCCCCCUUCUGCCCCAGGACGAGGUGGACAUGUUUCUCAACCAUUUGGACUCGCAGGGGAAUCCUUACUACACCAACUCCCGGGCGAGGGUGACAUACAGCCAGGCACACGCUCGUUUAACUGGGAACCAGGUCUGCCGGCCACACCUCAUCCACAGCCCGGGCAUCCCCUGGCUAGACCACGGCAAGGCUGCCCUGUCUGCAGCCCACCACCACAACGCAUGGGCGGUCAGCCACUUCAGCAAACCAGCGCUGCAUCCCGCCAGCUCCGGCUACCCCUGCAACAGUAGCGCCAACACCACCCCCGCGUCCCACUCCAGCCCACACCUCUACAGUUUCCCCCCAACACCACCCAAAGACGUGUCCCCGGACCCCGGGCCCACCUCCCCAACCUCCACCUCGACGAGAAUGGACGAGAAAGAUUCGAUCAAGUAUCAGAUGCCGCUGUCGGACGGCAUGAAAAUGGAGAACUGUAGUCCUCUCCGGAGCAGCCUGGCCUCGAUGAAUGCUCAGACCCCGGCCACCCACCACCCCAUCCCGACCUACCCGAGCUAUCCCCUCCACACGCCGCACGAGUACAGCGGGAGCCUGUUCCACCCCGGCAGCCUCCUCGGCGGCUCGUCCUCCAGCUUUACUCCCAAGUGUAAAAGCAAAGCCAGGUCGUGCUCAGAGGGUCGUGAGUGCGUCAACUGUGGUGCCACCUCCACCCCCCUUUGGCGACGAGAUGGUACGGGCCACUACCUAUGCAACGCCUGCGGACUGUACCACAAGAUGAACGGCCAGAACCGACCACUCAUCAAGCCCAAACGCAGACUGUCCGCUGCAAGACGUGCGGGCACCUGCUGCGCGAACUGCCAGACCACCACCACCACCCUCUGGAGGCGCAACGGGAACGGGGACCCCGUCUGCAACGCCUGCGGCUUGUACUACAAGCUGCACAACGUCAACAGACCCCUGACCAUGAAGAAGGAGGGCAUCCAGACCCGCAACCGCAAGAUGUCCAGCAAGUCCAAGCGCGGGAAGCGUAUGGGGGACUCCUACGACGACAUGUCAAAGUGCAUGCACCACGACAAGGGCUCUCCGUACGGUGGCGGGCCGGGCCUGGGUGGCCACAUGACCCACAUGGGGCACCUGCCCCCCUUCAGCCACUCCGGACACAUGCUGCCCACCCCCACCCCCAUCCACCCCUCCUUCGGACACCCCCAUCACUCCAACCGCUCCCCGGUGUGGGGGGAGCCCCACUGAGAGGCCAGACCCCUCCCUCGGACCCUGGGACCCCGAGUACUGGGCCCGGUUCUUGGACCUGGGACUCCUUCAUCACAAAG